CGCGCCCUCGAAGAGGCUCCCUUUUUUCUCUUCUUCCCCUCCCGCAACCCUAAUUUUUUUUCCCCAUCCGCGAAACCCUAGCCGCCACGCGAAACCAAAUCCCGCCGCGCGGGAUCCUUUUCCGCCGGAUUCCACCCGCGAAUCGGGGUUCCCCUUACGAUUCGCGGGCGGAUUAGCGCGAGGCGCGCCUCCCCCUACCUCUGUGUGAUCCGGGGGUGAGGUUAGGCCGGACGCCGGGGCAUCAGCCAUGUCGAGGUGCUUCCCCUACCCGCCGCCGGGGUACGUGCGAAACCCAGUGGUGGCCGUGGCCGCGGCCGAAGCGCAGGCGACCACUAAGCUCCAGAAAGAAAGGGAAAAGGCUGAAAAGAAGAAAGAGAAAAGGAGUGACAGGAAAGCUCUUCCACAUGGUGAGAUAUCCAAGCAUUCAAAGCGAACCCACCACAAGAAGAGAAAACAUGAAGACAUCAAUAAUGCUGAUCAGAAGUCCCGGAAGGUUUCCUCCAUGGAACCUGGUGAGCAAUUGGAGAAGAGUGGACUCUCAGAAGAGCAUGGAGCUCCUUGCUUUACUCAGACAGAGCAUGGCUCUCCAGAGAGUUCACAGGACAGCAGCAAGAGAAGAAAGGUUGUGUUACCCAGUCCUAGCCAAGCUAAGAAUGGUAACAUCCUUCGAAUAAAGAUAAGAAGAGAUCAAGAUUCUUCAGCUUCCCUUUCGGAGAAAUCUAAUGUUGUACAAACACCAGUUCAUCAAAUGGGAUCAGUUUCAUCUCUGCCAAGUAAGAAAAACUCAAUGCAACCACACAACACCGAAAUGAUGGUGAGAACAGCAUCAACCCAGCAGCAAAGCAUCAAAGGUGAUUUUCAAGCAGUACCGAAACAAGGUAUGCCAACCCCAGCAAAAGUCAUGCCAAGAGUCGAUGUUCCUCCAUCUAUGAGGGCAUCAAAGGAAAGGAUUGGCCUUCGUCCUGCAGAGAUGUUGGCCAAUGUUGGUCCUUCACCCUCCAAGGCAAAACAGAUUGUCAAUCCUGCAGCUGCUAAGGUUACACAAAGAGUUGAUCCUCCACCUGCCAAGGCAUCUCAGAGAAUUGAUCCUCUGUUGCCAUCCAAGGUUCAUAUAGAUGCUACUCGAUCUUUUACGAAGGUCUCCCAGACAGAGAUCAAGCCGGAAGUACAGCCCCCAAUUCUGAAGGUGCCUGUGGCUAUGCCUACCAUCAAUCGUCAGCAGAUUGACACCUCGCAGCCCAAAGAAGAGCCUUGCUCCUCUGGCAGGAAUGCUGAAGCUGCUUCAGUAUCAGUAGAGAAGCAGUCCAAGUCAGAUCGCAAAAAGAGCCGCAAGGCUGAGAAGAAAGAGAAGAAGUUCAAAGAUUUAUUUGUUACCUGGGAUCCUCCGUCUAUGGAAAUGGAUGAUAUGGAUCUCGGGGACCAGGAUUGGCUGCUUGAUAGUACGAGGAAACCUGAUGCUGGCAUUGGCAACUGCAGAGAAAUUGUUGAUCCACUUACUUCUCAAUCAGCAGAGCAGUUCUCAUUGCAGCCUAGGGCGAUUCAUUUACCAGACCUUCAUGUCUAUCAGUUGCCAUAUGUGGUUCCAUUCUAGGUUUGUGUAGUGAGAUGGAGUAGGUGAGAAGUAGAGAGAUGUUGGGAGAGAGCUGUGUGGGUCUGGGAGAUUAUGGUUCCCUGCCACAGUUUUCCAGCUUUGUUCCAGAGCGUUUCUUGUUUCAGGUUGCUGAGCCUGUCAAACUUCAUGUAAUGUUGUAUUUUUGCUUCGUUUAUUGCAGCAAUUGAACUUCAAAUGAUCAUGUUGUUGAGGAUAAUGUGAUGCCAUGCUGGAUGAUUAUAAUCCAUACAUUAUUUAUUCCUGUAA